GAUGAAGUUCCAAUGGCGUUCAUUUGGAUACAAGUCAAAGGUGGUGGUGUUGUGCUCUGUUGCAAACUUCAUCAAUGCAGCAGACAGAGUGCUCAUGCCUCUGGCCAUUGUGCCUAUGGCUAAUGAAUACAAAUGGAGUCUCUACUGGCAAGGAUGGAUCUUAUCUGCGUUUGCGUUUGGUUACUUCACGAGUCAGAUAAUAGGGGCCAAUGCAGUAAACAAAUAUGGAGGGCGGAGGGUGCUGUGUUUUGCGGUUUUGUUGUGGUCGCUCUCUACCAUUGUAACACCUUUGGCCGCUGCCUACUUGCCGGCCCUAAUUACUGCAAGAGUUAUUUUAGGUUUAGGAGAAGGACUUGGAUUACCCACAAUAUUCCAGUUAUUUGCACAACACAUUCCACCUGAUGAACGGAGCAGAGCUUUUGGUUACAUGGUUGCUGCUGGGUCAGUGGGACAGACUGUUGCUUCCUUGUUUGCACCACACUUGGACUGGCAUGUGUCUUUUGAAAUAUUUGGAUGCAUAGGACUGUUAUGGGUUGUUUGCUGGCUGCUAACAUACCAUGACCCACCAAUACAUGCAGAUGAAGAAGGACAGCAACUUCUUGAGAAGGAAGUCAUGUGUGUCUCUUGGAUAGAAUGGAUAAGUCACUGGUCAUUAUGGUCCAUUUAUAUAGCUCACUUUGCCAUGAACUGGAGCAACUACAUCAUAAUGCAGUGGCUGCCAACCUACCUUUCACGAACGUUAGGGGCCAACAAGGAGAGUAUGAGUCUCACAGCAGUGCCUUAUAUAAUCAGCUCACUCUGUGGAGUAGCUUGGGGCCACAUUGCUGACCAGAUGAUCAAUGUUGGGUGGCCUGUCCUGAGAGUACGGCGCUUAAUGACCUUUUUUGGACUUGUUGGACCGGGACUGUGUCUUGCUUUCUUCCCUGAAGUCUCUAACCUGGUGGUUGCAGUUCUGGUGAUAUCACUGGCCAUGGGGCUUUGUGCUGCUAAUUCAUCAGGACACUUAAGCAACCAUGCAGAUGUAGCACCAAAUCAUGCUGGCAUUACAUUUGCCAUAUCAAAUACUAUAGCAACAAUACCAGGAAUUCUGUGUGGUCCACUGACAGCUGAAUUAGUGGUAGCAUCACAUGGCCGCUGGUUUCCAGUUUUCUUCCUUGCAGGGACAAUCAACUUCACAGCUGCUAUGAUAUACUAUACUCAGAGUUCUGCAAAGCCUGUUCUAUGACACAAAGAAAAUAUACAUAGCACAGAAAAGUGAUUACAUCUCUCUUUAUGGUAGUUGACACUGACAGACACUGACACUAGGGUGCAGAAAAGUGAAUAUAUUGUACUUUUUACGGUGGUUGUCAAGAACACUUAUAGCACAGAAAAAUGAAUAUAUUUUACUUUUUACAGUGGUCUUCAUUACACUUAAUUACCAUAAUUGCAAGGGAUUCAUGGUUCUGAACAAAUUUGUACUAGUAUAUAUACUUCAUCCCAGAUAUGUGGAUAUUAUUUGUUUCUAGCAUGUGUCCUUCUUUCAUGGGUAAUGUACAUAUAUCAAGAUCAGAAAGAUGCAAAAUAGAAAUAAUUACCUCUACUAAGGUAGUUCAUUCUAUAUUAUUGUGUGAAUAAUUUUCCUUCUCUUUUAUAGUAUAAGGAAUAAGGAGUUGUAUUUCAUGUUAGGAUAAGUUGCGUAUGUUCAAUAUGAUAUUAUAAGUAUUUAACUUUUAAAUCAGUAUGCUGGUAGUACAGAACCUUAAAUAUCUUUAAGAAAUAGGGUCAUGUGUUCACUCUUUUUUUUUUCUUUCUUUCUUUUUAUUUCACUUGGGGUGCCAAAAGAAUUCAUGCACUUUUUCAAAUUCUUGCAUUUAGCUUCCAAACUUGUAACCGAUGAAAAAAAAAAA